AUGGGCGCAGACGGAAAGGACAUAGAUGUUGGCGACACAGUCGAUGUCCCCGGCGGCAUGAUAGGUGUUGUCAAGUUUGUUGGUAGUAUUCGGGGCAAGCAGGGCGUCUUCGCGGGCGUCGAACUGAACAGAGAGUAUGCAGCGCGGGGCAAGAACGAUGGCGCAGUGGAUGGUACGCAAUACUUCGAUACUUCCGUUCCCGGCUCUGGUAUCUUUCUCCCCGUACAUCGCGCACAGAAACGGGUCUCAGCCGACUCGUCCGACUUCGCACCCGAGCCUACGACGCCGUCGUACCACAACAACUUCAGUCUCUCGACCACAGAGAAACCCAGCUUCAGUCCGGAUACCCCGUCCAUGUCAAAACCAAUGUUCUCACAGUCAGUCGGGCCUGGCGCCCGCGUGCCUAGUCCAAAGAGAUUGCCCUCGUCAACAAGACCCUCAUUCAGGCCUGAAUCUCCGUAUCGUCAAAAACCGAGUCUCGGUGCAACACCCGCCAGGAGCGGCGGACUGACACCUUCUGGCUUCUCCAAGAGCGCAAUCGGCGCACCACCGAGAUUCGCCAGUCCAGCGCCUCCUCGUUAUGCUAGUCCUGCUCCGAGGGCUGCUCUCCCACAGAAGCCACGAACACCCGGCCCGCAACGACCCUACUCGCGAAGCAGUUCCCGUCUCGGUCACCAAGACACUAUCGACGAGGACAACGAGACCACGCCAGUCGGCGCAGCGCGAACCAGCAAUGAUUCCAUGGCCAGCUACAAGCAUCGUAGGCCGGGCUCUAGGCUAGGCUCGGCUCCCAACGAAGAAGUACAGCGGCUCCAAGCGCUGCUGGAACAGAAGGAAAAGCAGCUCCAGGAGCAGGCUUCGUCGCUGAGUGAGAUGGAAGCAAGUUUGACGGAAAUCCAGAGCCUGAUACCCGAGGACGGAAUGGAUAUGGGAUCCGCACAUGGCAGUAGCGAGCCGACUGAUGUAGCGCAACUACGAGCACUUCUCAGGGAGAAGAACGAUAAGAUCGCCAUGCUCACAUCUGAGUUCGAUGCACAUCGAUCCGACUUCCGAAGCACAAUCGACACGCUAGAGCUAGCGAGCACCGAAACAGAGCGCGUAUACGAGAAGAAAGUAGAAGAGUUACAAGAGGAGUUACGCGAGUAUGCAUCUCGUAGUGAAGACGUAGAGACUGUAGCAAUGCAGUUGAAGCAACUGGAAGAACUCGUACAAGAGCUAGAAGAAGGCCUAGAAGAUGCACGUAGGGGCGAAGCAGAAGCUAGAGGCGAGGUCGAGUUCCUGCGGGGCGAAGUCGAGAGAGGUAGAUCCGAACUCCGUCGCGAACGCGAAAAAGCCGCUGCUGCUCUCAAGGGGGCAGGUGCAAUGGUCGACGCGCCAGGGCAAAGAGAAGUGGAGCAACGCGACGACGAGAUCCGUGGUCUAAAGGCCAUCAUCCACUCCUUGAGCUCUGGUGGAGGAGAUGACCGGCGUUCACCUUUAUCGCGGCAAAACUCGUCCGUCGACGCUGAGGAACUCCAAGCCGCCAAAGCGAACGCAGAACGUCUCGAGCGCGAAAAGGAGGAACUACGCGGUCUCAUAGAACGCAAGGCCUACCGAGAAGAAGAGCUAGAACGUGAGCUCGAGAAGCUGAAAGCCCAACUUGGCCUUGCAGAGCAACGGGAAAGCGUAAUCAGCAACGGCAUGUCUGAGCACACCGCCGUACCAGAAAAGCCAUCAGAACGUGACUCAAAAGACACCAUCAUGAACUGGAGAGAACCACCACAGCACACUCGUCGCGAUGCGCCUCCUGCGCUCUCCAUAAUGCCAGAAUCUGACGGACGCUCCUCCGCCAACAGCAGCCUCCUCUGGUGCGAAAUCUGCGAAACUGGUGGCCAUGAUAUCCUGAAUUGCUCCGCUAUGGGCGGAGAUGCUUCGUACCCCAAGGAAGACGGUCUACACAAUGGUAAGGACGUCGUCAUCGAAGGCCUCCGCGGUCUCUCCAUCUCCUCCGACCGCGCCCGCCCGCCUGCUCUCAGCCCAUCAAAACCACCAGGCAGCGCGCCCACUGCUCCUCUCCCUACCCCUUCAUUGAACGCGUCGAACUCUGAUCUUGUGCCGCCCAAGGGCGCGGCUAUCGCUGAUCCGGACAAGUGGUGUGCCCUGUGCGAGAGCGAGGGACAUGAUGUUACGGCCUGCCCAAAUGAAGACGCCUUUUAG